CCGAAAGCCAGCUGAGAACAGAAAUCGAAGGUGCGUCCCGAGAAGUGCCCGGCUCACUGGCUGUCGCAGCGCCCAGCGACAGGACCGGGAAACUGCCUUCUGUAUUUCUCGGCGAGGGGGGCGAGGUUGCCUUCCUAGCGUGCCGCGAAGGAAUCGCGCCUUCCCCAAGCCGGGACCGACCCCCGACGACGGCGGCGGCGGCGGCAUGGAAGCGGCCGCGAGCCCGUCCCGAGACGAGUCCAUCCUCUACUUGAUCUCUUGCUUUAGGCCCAGGAUCAAGACCAGCGUCCAAGUGAGUCGAGUGCUGGAUUUGAUGCCGUCCCUGCGCCCCGAGCAAAAAGUUCGGCUCCGAGCCGUGGCCAGAGAAAAAGGGGACGUAGAAGCGGCGGAGCAGCUGCUGUCCGUGGUGGAGAAGGAGGCCCCCCAGUCGGCGGGCUUGUGCCAGGAGUUCUGCGAUGCGCUGGUGCGGGGCGGCUACGAUGCCGCCAAUUACCUGGACCCCAGCCUGGGCGACCUGCCCUCGCCCACCCAAGAGGCACUCGGGGACCUGGGCAGGGCUCUGGUGAACGUGUUCUUCGACCGCCUCACUGACCAGAUACGGGCCACCCAGGUGGCCUUCAAGUGUUUGGAAAAGGGGCUCUUGGAUGACGAAGACGUGGAGCGGAUAAUUGCUGAAAAAACAACUCAUGGGAAUAAGCCUGCAGUGAGAGAAAUGCUGUAUAGGAUAGUACAGAAGAAAGAAUGGUUCUCGCCCUUUCUAGAAGCCCUACGUGAAGCUGGUCAUGAAAACAUGGCUGCUUACAUAAGUGGACACAGAAAUGAACAAGACAUAAAUGGAGCCUCUGAUUUGUCAGAUGAAAUGUAUGAGGCACCCAGUUCUGAAGGUGUGGAGGAUCUGAAGCCAAGAACUGAAUUACAAGCAGCUCUGGAGGGUGAGAAGAAUAUAUCAGAAAAAUCAUUUGAAGAUUUUCCUGCAAUUUCAGAAUCUGCUGUCAGUUUGCAAGAAACUAAUGCCUGCAAUGUGUGUGCAAACUUUGGACAGAUGAACCUUUUCAGUGGUGAUUCAGAUUAUGUUGAAAGUAAAGACAAAAGAUCUUCACCUGAACAAGAGCUGAGUCUGAGAGGCUAUCAGAUGGAAGUGGCCAAACCAGCCUUGGAAGGGAAAAAUAUUAUUAUAUGCCUCCCCACAGGCAGUGGCAAGACCCGAGUUGCUGUUUACAUUGCCAAAGACCACUUGGAUAAAAAAAGAGAAGCAAAAGAGUGUGGAAAGGUUAUAGUUCUUGUCAACAAGGUGCCAUUGGUGGAGCAACAUUUGGAGAAAGAAUUUUGCCCCUUUCUGAAGCAUUCAUACCAAGUAAUUGGGCUGAGUGGGUCAUCUCAGCUGAAAUUUUCAUUCCCUGGACUUGUUAGAGAUUAUGAUGUGAUUAUUUGUACGGCUAAGAUUCUGGAGAAUGCAUUGGAGAAAGUGCAUAAAGAUGAAGAAGAAGGAGUCCAGUUAUCAGUGUUCUCCUUGGUCAUCAUUGAUGAAUGCCAUCAUACCCAGAAAGGAGCUGUCUAUAACAAUAUAAUGCAUUACUAUUUAAAAGAGAAAAGGGAGAAUGAGAAGCGAAAGAAAGAAGGGAAACAACCAGUGCCUCAGCCUCAGGUUCUGGGGCUAACAGCUUCACCUGGAGUGGGAGGUGCAACCAGUCAUUCAAAAGCAGAGGAACAUAUUCUGAAAAUAUGUGCCAACCUGGAUGCAGAUGAGAUUAUGACUGUUCAAGAGCAUACCUUGCAACUGCAACAUCAAGCAAAAGAACCUCUUAAGAAGUUUGAAAUUGCAGAUGGCAAAAAGGAGGAUCCAUUUAGAGAGAAACUUGUGAACAUUAUGACUGAAAUUCAAGGCUAUUGCCAAUUCAACCGAAAUGCUGAGUUUGGAUCACAGACCUAUGAACAGUGGGUAAUUCAGGAGGAAAAAAAAGCUGCCAAGGAAGGGACUCGCAAAGAGCGGGUAUGUGCAGAACACUUGAAGAAAUACAACGAUGCCUUGCUGAUUAAUGAUACUAUCCGAAUGAUUGAUGCCUAUAACCAUCUCAAGAACUUUUAUGAGGAAAUAAGGAGUAAAAAGAUGGCAGUGAAUGAGGAUGAUGAAGAUGAUGAACUUGUAGCCUCACAACCGGAUGAAACGGAUACAUUUCUUAUAGAUUUAUUUUAUGCCAAACAAAGGGAGUUGGAAGAACUAGCUGGAAAACUACAAUAUGAAAAUGUAAAACUAACGAAGUUGCGCACAACUUUAAUGCAACAAUUCACAAAGACCAAUGAACCAAGGGGAAUUAUUUUCUCAAAGACUCGUCAAAGUGCAUUUGCUAUCUACGAGUGGAUUAAGGAUAAUCCCAAAUUUGAAGAAGUUGGAGUGAAGGCUCACUACCUCAUUGGUGCAGGACAUAAUAGUGAAUUUAAGCCUAUGACCCAGAAUGAACAAAAGGAAAUCAUUGAAAAGUUCCGUACUGGUAAAAUCAACCUACUAAUUGCUACAACUGUAGCAGAGGAAGGCCUGGAUAUCCCAGAGUGCAACAUUGUUAUACGCUAUGGCCUCGUUACCAAUGAAAUAGCGAUGAUGCAGGCCCGUGGAAGAGCUCGAGCUGAGGAAAGCACCUAUGUGCUUGUGGCUUCAGAUGGAUCAGGAGCUGCUGAACGUGAAAAUGUCAAUAUGCUUCGUGAGAAAAUGAUGCACCGAGCAAUUGCACGUGUCCAAAAGAUGCCACGUGAAGAGUAUUUAUUUAAGGUUAAAGAGCUUCAGUUGCAAAGCUACGUAGAGAUGAAAAUGAAGGCAAAGAAAGAACAGUAUAAACAAUACAAGGAGAACCCCUCCCUGAUAACGUUUCAUUGCAAAAACUGCAAAGAACCAAAGUGUUCGGGAGAAGACAUUCAAGUUAUUUUAGAUAUGCAUCAUGUCAAUGUCAAAAAGGAAUUUGCGGAGCUUUAUAUCGUAAGGGAAAAUAAGACACUGCAAGCAAAAGAAGCCGAUUAUCAAACAAAUGGGGACGUUAUCUGUAAAAAGUGCGCCCAGACUUGGGGAACUAUGAUGGUACACAAAGGUCUAGAUCUACCUUGCUUAAAAAUAAAAAAUUUUGUGGUGUAUUUCAAAGAUAAGAAGUGCACCUCAAAGAAAAUGUACAAAAAAUGGAGAGAGCUGGCCAUUAAGUUUCCAGCUUUCAGCUUUGCAGAUCAUUAUAUUUCUAGUGAAGAAGAUUAAGAAGGCCAAGAGAUGCUAAAGACGGGAACUUUUUUCCUCCUCAGAUUCCCAACAGCAAGCUCAAAGAAGCUUUUUUUUCCUGUCCGAAUGACUGCAAAUAUUGUGCAAAAACCUGCCAUUUUUUCAUACCAUUUUGGAUUCUGUAUUUCCGAACAAAAGCAGUUCAGAUCUAAGUCACUGUGUAAAAAGGAGAAAGUAGCUCCAGGUGCUGCAUCCCUAACCAGGGUGUAAAAUGGUUCAGUUGUGGGAAUUCGCCUUUUACUUGAAUGGGAUUUUCUGCAGUGAACAAAAAGGCCGUGCCAAUAUAGAACUAAUUCAUAAAAGAUCAGGAAGAUCAUGUUUUAUUUUAAAAAUGCCAGUUCUUUUGUUACUUAGUGUGCAGCUGACACUUUAGGAAAAUUCUUACAGAAUUAUAAAAUACAAUUCCUGUAUCUGUUUUGGAUCAAAUUUAUGCAACGAGACUCUGUUUUGCUUUGAUCUGAUUCUAAUAAAGUAGAUUACAUGACAAUAUA